ACUAGGCCAUUACCGAUAGGCAUUUCUCGAUAGUCACCACUAAAAUCAAGUUAAAACGCUUUAAAACGCUUAUUUUAAAUAGAAAUGAAUACAAAACUAAUGUCAAAUGCACUUAGAGCACUACGAGUGGGCGCAUCCACCAAAUGGCAAGUGCCCGCCUUGACCACAGUGCGGCAAUACGCUGCGCCGCCCAAAAGAUUCUACAAGAAGACCUCUGUGCUGUGCACUGACGGUGGCUACGAGGUGGUGCUGGAUCACAGAAAGCUAAAGACACCAAAGGGCGCACCAUUCACGGUGAAAAGCGAACCGCUGGCCAUUGCCGUGGCCACGGAAUUCGACGGCCAGAAGGAGCACAUCGAGAGGUCGCGCAUGCACAUAUCGGCGCUGUGCUUCACAGCCAUCGAUAAUCCCAAUAAUCUGAACAAACUGGAUAUGGUCAACUAUCUGUUGAACUAUAUGCCCACCGAUACGGUGCUCUUUCAAUAUGAUGAUGAGCAAGAUCUAAAGGAUUUGCAGAAAAACGAAUGGGAUCCCGUGAUUGACUGGUUCAAUCAGCGUUUCGAGACGAAUCUACAGAAAACAAUGAACAUAACACCGCCCCACAUAAGCGAUGCGGAUAAGGUGAAGGUGGCCAAACAUUUUCAAUCCUACAGCUUGGAUACGCUGCACGGUUUUGUAUAUGCUGUGGAUACAUUGAAGUCAAUUAUCCUGGCCUGUGCCGUCAUAGAGCAAAUGCUGCCCGUGGAAAAGGCAGUGGCACUCGCGCGCCUGGAGGAGGAGUAUCAGAUAAAGUUCUGGGGACGCGUCGAAUGGUCGCACGAUCUGAGCCAGCAGGAGCUGCAGGCGCGUCUGGCGGCCUCGGUGCUCUUUGUGCAUCUCAACUGUUCCGAGAACUUUGUUAAAGAAAAGCUGAUACUAUAAAUCAUAGUAAACCAUU